AUGGCUUUGAUAUUGGAUCAACAAUCAAACUUCAAGCACUUCUGUAAAAUUUGCAAGAAAGGUUUUGGUUGUGGAAGAGCUUUGGGAGGACACAUGAGGGCUCAUGGCAUAGGGGAUGAAAGUGGUCACAUGGAUGAUGAUGAUCAAGCAAGUGAUUGGGAAGAUAGGUUGGGUGGCAAUGUGCCACCCAGCAACAAGCGCAUGUAUGCUUUAAGAACAAAUCCUAAUAGGUUAAAGAGUUGUAGGGUAUGUGAGAAUUGUGGCAAAGAGUUUUUAUCAUGGAAAUCUUUUCUUGAACAUGGAAAAUGCACCUCUGAGGAUGCCGACUCCUUUGUCUCUUCUCCGGGUUCUGAAGGUGAUGACGGUGGUAUCGGCGGCGGCGACCGGAGAGGAUGUGGGUGGUCUAAAAGGAAAAGGUCUUUGAGAACUAAGGUUGGUAGCUUCAAUUACAAUUGUCCAUCAAGCGAGGAAGAAGACCUAGCAAAUUGUUUAAUGAUGUUGUCCAAUGCCAUUGUAGAUCCUCUUUCAGCUGAGCCUGAAGAAUCAUGUGCAUCCGCUAGCAAGGAGGAAGAACAACGAAGAAAUCCCAUGAAUUUCAUUGCGCCAUUGUCAUACAAAGUUAAUAACACUAACAAUAUUCACAACAUGACCAACCUUGUUGAUAACAAGGCCAAAGGGAUUGCCAAAGGCUGGUUUGAAUGCAAAGCAUGCAAGAAGGUUUUCAAUUCUCACCAAGCAUUGGGUGGGCACAGAGCAAGCCACAAAAAGGUUAAGGGUUGUUUUGCUGCAAGACUAGACAACCUUGACGACAAUCUCAUUACUGAGGAUGAUGUCAUCACACAGGAAGAACUCUUUCCUUCAAAAUCAAACUCCACCCUCCAAUUCGACCAUGGCUCCAACCCCACACUGGCCUCUUCCUCCAAGAGGAAAUCCAAAGUGCAUGAAUGUUCAAUUUGCCACAGGAGUUUCUCUUCAGGACAAGCUCUGGGGGGACACAAAAGGUGUCAUUGGAUCACUUCAAAUGCACCUGACACCUCCACAUUAACCAGAUUUCAACAGUUUCAAGAUAAUUUGGACCAAAUACCCAAGUUUGAUACCUCUUCUGAGCCUCUUGAUCUCAAGUUAGACCUUAACCUUCCUGCACCUUCUAAUGACCUUGUAAGAAGGAAUGUUUCUACAGAAAUGUACUUGCAGCCUUGGGUUACAUCAAAGGACGUUAAAGAUGAUAACAAUAGCCAGUGUCAAAGUCUCCAUCAUAAUAGCAAUAGUGUUGAUAUUGACAACAAUGAUGAGGACAAAAACAUUACUAACAUAAUGCAAAAUAUUGAUAACGAUGCUGAAAAUAAGAUCAAGUUGGCAAAAUUAAGUGAGCUAAAGGACCUGAAAUUUGGAGGCAAUUCUUCACCAUGGUUGCAGGUGGGAAUCGGUUCAACUACUACUACUACUGAUGUCACAACUGAUAACUGCUAA